AUGGCUUCCACCUCUUCCAAUACAUCUCCAGUUUCUAAUAAUAAUGUUUGCAGAUAUGACGUCUUUCUAAGUUUUCGAGGUGAAACUCGAAAUGCUUUUACAGAUCAUCUUUAUAAGGCAUUAGUAGAUGUAGGACUUACCCCUUUCAGGGAUAAUGACGACAUUGACAGAGGUGAAGAUCUGAAGCCAGAAAUCGAGAGAGGAAUUAGAGAAUCCAGAGCUUCCAUAGUUGUGCUAUCUAAAAACUAUGCAACGUCUAGAUGGUGUCUUGACGAGCUAUCUUUAAUCUUGGAGCAAGCAACUAAGCUAAGACAUUUUGUAUUACCCAUUUUUUAUCAUGUUUAUCCCUCACAUGAUAAAAAUCAAGAAGAAAGUUUCCAAAUAAAUGUUAUACCCGAUGAUACAAAGUGGACAGAAGAUAACGUUGAAAGGUGGAAGGCAGCCCUUACGAAGGUUAGCAAUAUGCAUGGCGAAGUUCUAAAUGGCUCUGAAACAAAGUUUUUGGAAAACAUUGUUGGCAUCAUUGAGAAAAAGCUUGAUCUCAAAAAAGUUUAUCUUAAAGCCAAUCUAGUAGGGAUGGAUACUUGGCAUAAGGAGGUCGAUUAUUGGUUCGAAAGAUCCCGUGCCCAAAUACUAGCAGUUUGGGGCAUGGGAGGAAUUGGUAAGACGACUUUGGCCAGGCACAUUGUCUACUCUAAUUGGGAAAAUUUUGGAAGCAUCAGCAUCUUGGAAGACAUUGGUAGUAGAUCAAUUGAACAAUUGUUAGAGCUACAAAAAAAGCUUCUCGGGGAUAUUUUUCAAGGCAAGAAGAAAAAGAUACCUAGUGUUUGGCAAGGUACGCGUAAGAUUGAAAAUGCCCUACAAACAGAAAAGGCACUCAUUGUUCUUGAUAACAUUGUUGAACCAAGCCACUUGUUUGAAUUACUUGGAACUGGAAUUGAAACACAAUGCAAGAUUAUAAUAACAACAAAACAAAGUAAUCCACAUAAAUGGUUUGAUCAGUUAACUUCUUGGAGGUGUCAGGAACUCGAAAUGAAAUCACUUGAUAAGAAUAAUUCGUUAGAGCUGUUAAGGCAUCAUGCUUUUGGAUCCAAAGUUCCGGAAGGUUAUGACCAUCUAGUUGACAAGGCACUAAGUUAUUGUGGAGGAAAUCCACUUGCUCUUGAAGUAUUGGGUGCCUCUUUAUCUCGGAAGAACAAGCAAUUUUGGGAUAGUAGAUUGACUUCGUUUGAAAAAGAGCUUCAUGCUAGAAUUCUUGAUGUACUCAUAGGGAGCUACGAGUCAUUGCCACUUCACUCUCACAGAAGUUUGUUUUUGCAUAUUGCUUGUUUCUUUGUUGGCAAAGACAGAGAUUAUGUUGAAAAGAUAUUAGAGCCUGAUUACUCGGCUUUGUCUGGAAUAGAAACCCUCUUUGAAAGCUGCCUUCUUUCCGUUUCACCAAACAAAAAACUGAUGAUGCACAGGAUGCUUCAAGAAAUGGCAAGAACAAUUGUCUAUAAAGAGUCACCCGAAAACCCUGCGAAACGUAGUAGAGUUUGGAAAGACGAAGAUUCUUAUGAUAUAUUGAAAAAAGGAAAGGGUUCAAGGAAAAUCGAAGGUCUAGCUCUUGACAUGAACCUGCUAAAUCAAGGAAUAGAGCAGCAUGCAUAUAAGUCAUCAGACCUAACUACAGAGUCAUUUAAGAAGAUGGAAAAAUUAAAAUUGCUCCAGCUAAGCUGGGUGGGUCUCACUGGACCGUACGAGAAUAUUUCACAACAGUUAAGAUGGCUCUGCUGGAUUGGAUUUGGUUUACGAGCCAUACCCUCCAACUUGUGCAUGGAAAACUUGGUGGCUAUAGAUAUGAGCUAUAGCUGUUUGGAAGAAUUUGAACCACCUGGGGAGCUUCCUUCACUCAAGAUAUUGAAUCUUAGAAGCUCAAAAGAUCUACGCGAAAUCCGCAAUAUCUAUCGACUCCGUUUUCUUGAGAUUUUGAUUCUCUGGGAUUGUAGAAGUCUGACUCACGUAACCCUUGGAGGUCUUACUCGUCUUGCUAUAUUGAAUUUAACAGGGUGUGAAAAGCUGUGCACGAGGGAAAAAUUAAGUCCAUUAGUAAGUCAAGAAGGGCUGUUCCAAACAAAAAAACAAAAAGUAAGUCAAGAAGGAUCAUCUCUUCAUGCCAUAAACAGUUCUCAGCAAGCUUCCUUUCUUUUGCCGCAGUCAUUAGAGCGGGUAUACCUGAUGAACUGCAAUGUCAGUCACACCGAUUAUUUUCCUCUUACUUUCAACGACCAACCGCAUUUGGUAUACUUGAAUUUAGUCAAUAGCCCGUUUGAAUUUCUGCCUAGUUACAAUUAUCUUAAACGUCUUCGGGUACUUGACGUCAGUGGUUGCAGUGAUCUUAAAGAGCUGCGACGUCUUCCAAGUACACUUGCAGAAUUGUACAUUUAUUACUGUAAUUCGUUGAAUACAGUAACUUUUGAGUCUCAGCGGUUCCCAUUGCAAGAAUUUGGCUAUGAAGGCUGUGUCAAUUUGUUUGAAGUUGAAGGCCUUUUCAAAUUGAUGCCAGUAACCAACCUUGAAGAAUCUGAUUUGAAACACAUGACUUGGCUCAGAGAAUAUCAAGAUCUUAAGGUGUGCUUGGUUGGAGAUGUCGAGCUUACAGAAGGCAGGAGUCCAUGUGUACAGAUGCUGUACGAAUAUAAUAUAAUGAGCACAUCUCUGCCACACAUAAAGAAUUCAUACAUGAUGACUGAUACUGAUUACAUGUAUACAUCACAAUCGACAUUAUUGUCUUUUAAAGUGCCUACACGCCCCGAGCACGAGAGGCUCGAAGGAUUAAUCAUAACUUUUCAAUAUACAGCACACGGUGAAGAUUGGGUAUGGUUUGUUAAAAUUAGUACGUCCAGUGGUGUUAACCUGAUGUACAACCCCAGAGUCUUUGGCAAACCUAAUGAAGUUGGCAUGUGGUCAAGCUAUUGGCCUAUAGGGAAAGCAUUACAAAUUGAAGAGACAGUUAUUGUGUCUAUCGUCGUGAUCAAGGGUAACUUGAGUAUACAUUGGUGCGGUGCAAGUCUUGUGUACACCGAUGAAGCAGCAAAUGAAGCCUUGCAAGAGAACAAGGAAUGUGUAGCAAUUCUUGGAGAAGAUUUGUCUGAAUUUCAACUUACCACGGGGGCUUACUAUCUUUGUCGCCGUGAUUUAUUUCAGUUAAUGGAGGCUGGAAAACUCACUCCUGAUUGGUUCGGGAUUUUAGUUGAUUAUAAAAUUGACUAUACAGGUAUGUACUUCUGUUAA